AUGAGCGACAAAUUACUGGCAUUACUAAACUCUCCAGUAGGUCCUAGGACUACUCAUUUUUGGGGUCCCGUAGCUAAUUGGGGAUUCGUCCUAGCAGGCAUCUUGGAUGCUAACAAACCACCUGAAUUGAUCUCAUCUAGAAUGACCACAGUACUCUUCUUUUAUUCUUGCUUGUUCAUGCGAUUUGCCUACAAAGUCACUCCCAGAAAUUACCUUCUGUUUGCUUGCCACUUUUCAAAUGCUAGUGCUUAGGCAUAUCUUCUCUUUAGAAAGUAUAACGCUGAAAAAUAAAUCGCAGCAGCAGCCGCUUAGAACAAGCAGUGA